AAUUUAAUUAAGAAUUGGCUCAUAUUUCAAUGUAAAAAUUGUAUUUGGCAUUGGCCCCAAUAUCAGGCUAAAUUGCUAAAUAUUGAUUUGCGACCAAUUUCAAGCUAAUCAUUACUUCCUAAAUUCCCGUGGAACUAUAAGGUUUUUGAUUACAAUCCAAGUGGCAACUAUGGAUUUCUUCAGAAAUUUUAAGCUUUUCUGAAUGACUCCUUGUCUAAAAAAAAUGUCCAAAUUAAAAAAUACGAAUAAACAAUUGUAUUUUUGCAAAUAUCUAAUUUGGUGCCAGAUAUUAGUUUCAAAUUUGAACGCACCUUCACCACGACCCUAUAGAGUAGAUUUAAAAAAUAAUAGUUACCCUAACCACGACUGGUAGUCUGAAACUAUUCCUAGUUAAUAAACAACUACCUAGACGCAUUAUCAUAAACUAUGAGUAAUGUGAGACUCUAGAUUUUUUUACAAAUCAUUUAAUAUUCGAUAUUUGUCAAGGGAAUGAGAUGGCGAUAACCUGUGAAAAAUGGGUGGUGAUGGGGCUCUUGGCCGUAAUUUCGACCCUGUUUGGAUUCCUGCCCUACAUUUUGUUUAGAUCUUUAAAAACAUGUAACCCAAUUUACAUCCAGACUAACACUUACAAAAUGAUGGUCUCGAUUUUAGCAUGUUUUGGUGCCGGCGUUCUUUUAUCGCUGGCUCUAAUCCACCUCCUUCCACACGUUAGAGAAAUGUUUGAAGAAAUCUCAACUAUUUGGGAAAUAUUUCCGAAACAUUUCCCAAUAGCAGAGGCAACUACGUUGGCAGGAUUUGGGCUCAUUUAUUUCGUGGAAGAGAUUGCUCACAUCUUAAUGGUGGACACUCAAUUUGGACACAGUCACACCCACGCACAAAACUUACCCAAGAUCGAUACAUGUUCAGCGAAAAUUAUUUCCAAUAACAAUGUCAACCUUGACUCACAAAAUUUGGCUAUCGGUGUGGAUGCCAAUUCCAAAAAUGCAAUUAUGUCGGAAGAUCAUAACCCAAACGAAGACAUUGGAAGUGAUCUUACUUCAUCUCUAAAAGCCUUCAUGGCUCUGCUGGCACUCUCGUUUCACGAAUUCAUGGAGGGCAUGGCGAUAGGAAUUCAGAACGAAUCUUCCAUGUGGGUAAUGUUUGGGGGUGUGGCGAGUCAUAAGUUCGUAAUUGCAUUUUGCCUCGGAAUGGAAUUUGUGAAUAGUCGUGCCAGCCGGAAGACUAUGAUUGGCUCCGUCCUAUUUUUUGGGUGCAUUACAAGCAUUGGAAUUGGAGUGGGUGGGCUUAUUCAGGCAGAAGGAUCUUCAGAUUCUAUCUAUACAGCAGUGAUUGGGGGAUUGGCGACAGGGACCUUGCUGUAUGUCGUGUUUUUCGAAAUACUAAAUCGUGAAAGAGAAAAGAAAAUGUAUGAACUAGAAGAAGUUGGUGGGGCGGGAAUUCUACAGUUUGCCGCAGUAGUGGUAGGAAUGAUUUUCAUGGAAAUUUUGUCCAUAAUGGUAUCUCACCAUCAUCAUCACGGGCAUGGUGAGGAUCAUAAUGCAUGAAAAUAAUGUUGGUUGUUGUGAUUUGCAUUAAUUUAUGCAGAUGAUGUUUUGCUUGAGUUACACAUAAAACAUUAUGCACAUAAAAAAUGUUGAAUACAAAAAAAUGUGUCUUGAGUUAUAAAAAUAUUAUGUACUUCUGUAGGCAGUCUUGAGAAGUGUCUAAAAUUAGAAUUGUGACUUAAUUAAGGUUGCUAUUAUAACUAUUUAUUAAAUGAUCUGACUUUCCUACUCUGUGUAAAAGCCAUCAAAUACAAAAAUGCAUAUGCAAACAACCCAUGAAAAGUUGCAAAGAUCACUUAAAUUUGAAUUAUAAAUAAAAACUUGCAAGUCAUCAAUA